CUGACGUUCGAAGGAGUUGCGGCUUGAUAAAAUUAUGUUUUUACUACUUUUCACUUGUUAUACGGUAACUGUAUAACGUAUUUCAUUAGUUAAAAUAUACCUUACUUUUAAGAAUUCAUUGUUAAGUUAAAUUGUAUUGCGACCACAUUAAAAAGUAAUAGGAUUUCAACAACUUCAAAACCAGGAACAAUGGAAGCCCUAUCAUCAGAUGAUAGUUGCGAUUCCGAAAUGAAGAAUAUGAAAAGUCAGCUAACCGAGUUUGGAUUAGAGGAUGAAAACCUAAGCAAAGAAGAAAUGAGUGAUUUAUUAAAAGCUUUGAAAAAUUCUAAGUCAACUGCUGUGGAGGAUGAAAUCUCUCGACAAAAGGAUGAAGUGAUGGAAUGCGAUGCAGCACCUAGGAAGCAGAUGAAGAGGAGGUAUUUAAAUGUAAAGGACAGAAGAAUGCCAUGGAGUGUGCUACCCAGCAACAUCACGCAGGCCGAGAAGGCCCAGGCCCUGGCUGUUUACAUCAAAAUGAUGUCCAUAAACAACUACCGCCAAGCUAGACUCUCUGCUAAUUUUACAGUGUGGCCUCCUCCAAUUCAGAUUGUGGAGGAAACGACCAGAGUUCAGCCUGUCCGGUCAACAAGAAGCGGACGCUCUGUGCCUGUCUACGCAGGUUUUGACGAUGACUCUUCCGAUCUAGAUUUUGUUAUUACUAAGACUAAAAAGAGAAAGAUCUCCAACAGUGAUACAAACGAUAAAGAUGGAGUAUAUUCUAAUAAAGUGAUUAGUUUAAAACGUAAACCUUCCAAAGAUGAGAACAUGAGGCCAGUAAAAGAGCAGAAAAUGAAUGCAGUCCAGGAGUGCAAUAAUGAAACUGUUGCAGGAAAUAGUUUAAAGCCUAAAAAGGAACUUUUCACUUUAAUUGAAGACUGAACUUGCAACUUUGGUCCCUCAAUAUAGUUAUUGCUAGUUGCAACUAAUUUAAUUUACCCAAUUGUUGUAAGUGUGGUGCAUAGAGACAUACAAUACCUAUAUGUUAUUAUUUUAUUAGCUUAUAUAAUAAAGAACUUAGUUUGCGAAAAUAAAAGUUCAAAAUUUGCUAAA